AUGCCACCAUUCCUCCCGAGAAAGAGGCGAUCCACGUCGCCACCGGCUCCCUCUCGAGAGACUCCUGUGAAGAAAGCACGCCUCGCAGAUGUAUUGGACGCCGAAUCGAGAAAUAUUCCAGGGCUACAACGGACCGAGACGUUCUCUCUCGGGAGUGACGAGUCCGAAUCCUCUCUCAGUGACGUAGACAGCGAGCAGUUCGAAGACGUCCCAUCGAACCUCAAGCAGCCGUCGGCUUCGACUCAUCAUGAGGAAAAGGAAGAGGACGAGGACGAAGAUAUAGAAUGGGAAGACGCUGCAGGCUACGAUCAUGAGAAGGAGUUACCGGCCUAUAAACCGCAGUCGGACGGUCCUAUCGAGAUAACUUUGCGCAAAGCGGACAAUGAAGCCGACAACUGGAUUGCGCAAGCGGCAAACAAGCGCAAAGGUCCCUCGAAGCGCGAGAAGCAGGUCCGGGUUUGUACCCAUCAACUACACGUGCAAUUCCUACUAUGGCACAACUCGAUUCGGAACAGCUGGGUCUCAGACAGGGAGGUUCAACAGAUCCUCGUCCAACAGUUGCCGCCUCCGAUCAAGAAGGAGGUCGAAAAGUGGAAGAGAGCCAGUGGGUUGAUAUCCGCAGAGACAGAGGCAAUUGGAGAAUCUCCAAAGGGUAGGGGCAAGAGACAUGGCAAACAGAGGGCUGGUGACCCGCGUGAUGAAAGAGAUUGGGGCAGACCAAGCAAGCGUGUCGAGCAGGGCAAACCCGACAUGAGCAAUGGUGAUCCACUAAUCUCCCUUAUGAAAGUCCUGACUGCAUAUUGGAAGAAGAGGUUUGCCGUUACUGCUCCUGGUUUACGGAAGCGUGGCUACGGCACCCGGCAGAGCUUGAAGCAGACUAUCCAGUCUCAGCGCAACGACGAGCACAAUCCUGAGGUCCAUGGAGAGCGAAUCAGAAAUAUCCAGGAAUUCCGUCGGCUUGCGAGGAAGUCUGAGGGCUCGAGGGACGUCGGCGCUCAACUGUUUACCGCACUGCUGAGAGGCCUAGGUAUCGAGGCCAGGUUGGUAGCGAGUCUACAGCCCAGUGGCUUCGGUUGGACCAAGGCAGAACAAGCACUGCCCAAGAAGGCCAUCGAGGAGGUCAAUUCCGAUACUUCUCUUGACGAUUCAGAGUCUGGAGACGCCAAAUCGAUAUCAGAGAUCACAAAGACUCCAGCACGACGGAAAGGCGAGCCUCGCAAAACAGUCAAGGUCGGUUCUGAGCUAGAAGACGACGACUCCUCGGUUGUGGACAUCACCCCUACCAUGCCCAAGAAACGGCCUCAGAAAUACGACCGAGACAAUCCCUUCCCCAUCUACUGGACUGAGGCAAUAUCUCCUAUAACAAACAAAAUCCUCCCCGUAUCUCCACUCGUUCUUACGUCCCCGGUAGCAACUACUCCCGAAACCCUUGCGACCUUCGAGCCCCGCGGCAUCAAAGCCGAGAAGACAAAGACAGUGAUGGCCUAUGUCAUUGCGUAUUCUUCCGAUGGCUCGGCGAAGGACGUGACUGUGCGAUAUCUGAAGAAAAGAAUCUGGCCAGGCAAGACAAAAGGGUUUCGGUUUCCUGUGGAGAAGAUUCCUGUAUACAACAAACACGGCAAAAUCAAGAGAUACGAGGAUUACGACUGGUUCAAGCGCAUAAUGAGCGACUACGCUCGACCUGACCUGAUGAGGACAGCAGUCGACGACGUGGAAGAUGCGACCGAUCUUGUCCCUCAACUUCCUGAAAAGAAGGACGGCGGUGGUCAGGAAGUCGAUACUUUGCAGUCACUUAAGGCCUCCGCUGAUUAUGUGCUCGAACGGUUCCUCCGCCGUGAAGAAGCGCUUCGACCCAACGCUAAACCGGUUCGCACCUUCAUUUCAGGAAAGGGUGACAACCAGAAGGAGGAGCCAGUAUAUCGCCGAUCCGACGUUGAACGAUGUUUGACAGCAGAGUCAUGGCAUAAAGAGGGCCGCCGGCCUUCAGCCGGAGAGGCUCCUUUGAAGCUAGUUCCGGUGCGAGCUGUCACGUUGACUCGUAAGCGGGAAGCAGAAGAACACGAACGACAAACUGGAGAGAAACAGAUGCAGGGCCUGUACAGCUGGGACCAGACUGAAUACAUCAUCCCUCCUCCAAUACAAAACGGGGUGAUACCGAAGAACGCCUAUGGAAACAUAGAUUGCUUUGUUCCUUCAAUGGUGCCCAAAGGCGCUGUUCAUAUUCCUCUGAGAGGGACUGUGCGGAUCUGUAAGAAGCUACAGGUUGACUUUGCUGAGGCAGUCACGGGCUUUGAAUUCGGCAACAAGCGCGCAGUGCCCAUAUGCACCGGAGUGGUUGUCGCGAAGGAGAAUGAGCGGGCUGUUAAAGAGGCAUGGCACAAAUUCAACGAGGAACAGAGGAAGAAACAGGAGAAGAAAAUGGAGUCGAUGGUGUUGGAGCUAUGGAGAAAAUUCGUUGUCGGGCUGAGGAUUAGGGAGAGAGUGAGGGACACAUACGGCGAUCAGAAUGCGGUUGAUGAGCUGGCAGUGGGGAAGAGUCAAGACCAGCCGAUCAUGUUGGAAACUGACGACGAGGCUCCCAUGGCGCAUCGAGAUUUACCUGAAACUCAGACCGCCGAGGACGACUUCGGCGAGGGAGGCGGGUUUCUUCUCGACUCCGACGAAGAGCAGCUUGUUGAAAGUGACCUGGAAGUGGUCCAUCAUCAAGACGAGCCGAAAUCGCAUGUCCCGGCUCACUCCAUUUCCAAGGGAAAAGAACGAGCUUCAGACUAUCAGUAUCCGACCCCGUCUUCUGUGUCGCCGUUGAAACCCGCGCUUCGACGUCGACGACCUGGAAAGUCUAUCCUCGAUGAACCCGGAGACAGUGAGCACGAGAGCUCAGGUUUAUCAGCGCCUCCCAGCGACGAUGGCGGAGACGUGGAAGAGUUAGACCACGAAUCCGGUAUCGAAAGCAGGCUAUACGAUGUCGAGGAUGCUGCUGAUGAUGAUGACGAGGACGACGUGAGAGGCGAAGGAGCAGAUGACGAGGAUAGUGAUGACGAUGACGAAAAAUCGAUUGACUCCGAUUCGGACGACUAUGUGCCCACGAGAGCCACCAAACGCAACUCCUCUGCGCCCAAACCUCGGGCUCAGGGAUAUUCCACGGCCGCGUCUCAGCCAUCCUCACGGAGACGAACAAGAACAAGCACCAGGGCUUCCACAACGGCAAUAUCUAGUCCCACCCUGGACGACGACGGAGAUGACGACGAGCUUGAGUCUGACGGGACCAACGACACAACAGCACGCCAAUCGAAGUCAAAGGGCGGCUACAACUCGCGGUCCAAGAUCAAACCAGACCUGACAAAAGAAACCCGCUCAGUAGGUCGACCUCGCACCCCCACCGCAGGAAGACGACGGCUGAGACGGGAUAGCACCAAGGUCACGAGCCCGUACUUCAAUGCCUAG